AGAUGAAAUACACCAAGAAGUCAGUUUUUUUGUCUUUUGGUGCUGGUCCCCGGUGAGGGCACGGCCUGACAAAACAUAUUAGUUCCGGUUCCCUGUGUUAUUCUAUAUUUGAAUUUAUAUUCAAGGAACGUGAUUUCUUAGAAGUGUUUCUACUUGGAAGUAUUUCUAACUUGGCCUGCUGCUGCUGUCGAUUUCUGAAUUCUUAUACAAAGAGCUGUGUAACACAAGGAAAUAUCAUGUCCCUGAAAUAUAUCACAGAAAUGAUGAGCAAUCAUUGUACACCAAGGUUAAUUUUGGGAUUCAUUAUUAUUSUCAUUUCUUGCCGAAUUAUUGGGCUGGUGUUAUAUACGGUGUGGCUGUGUGAUUGUUUCUUCAGAGAGUUCAAAAUGGGAGUUCAGUGCAAGAAAUUCAACCGCUUUGAAAACCCAGAAUUAAUUUCUGCAUUUUGGCUGAUACUGGUCAGUUUUACAUCCGUGUUUCUCAUCCUAUAUGCAAGRCGACAGCCAGAGUUCCCAAGCCUUAUGAAGAUUGCUAAAUUUCUUCUUMGAAAAAUGUACUUUUACAAACUUKGCAUCAUUCUCAUUUUAAUAAUAAUCUAUGACUURAUAACCAUUUUAGGAGAAAUUGAGCUGAAAAGAACCACAAUGUACACAACAUACAUGUUGGAACAUAUCACCUCAGUAGCUCUCAUGUUGACAUUAAACUUUGUGCCAAAGUUUGUCAARGAUGGCAGUUCCAGAUGGAAAAUUGCUCUGUAUAAAAUCACUUUGCUGAUUUACUCAAUUGAGAGUUAUGUCAUUCUUGCAUUGGGGACUAUUGUUGCAGCAUACAAGCUUGUAUCUGUACCRACAUGYAGUCUCAAACAAAUUGAAAUCAAGUUCAACAUAUCACAUCAAUUCUUGCUAAAGAAUGAAAACUCAGCUGCAAACACAGUCUGCCAUGAUGCAACAUCAGUUAUCAUGUUGUUGCUUCUUUUAAUUUCUCUGGCUCUUCGCCGCAUACUUGGAAAAUUCUUCCUGACAAAGAUCUUCUGCGAAGAUGUUGAUGUCCUUGAUAUCCCUUUGAGGCCAAAAGCUCCUCUACAAGAAACAACUCUAAGGGAAGUGAUCGAAGAGAACASCACGGUGCUAGAUGAACCACCAAGUUUUAUAGUUAAAGYUGAUUGUGAGGACCAUAAACAGGGUAUUGUAUGAAAGGAUGCACAAAACAACAUACUUGGGGCUGUAA